AUGCGCGAUAAGAUUGUCUUAGCUAGGAGCUUGAGUGAGUAUGCUUGGGUGAUGGACGGUUCAUCCCUACUUGUAAACGCUGAGUUAGAUCGCCGAGGUGUGAAUUAUGACAAGAACUCGAGAGUACAAGUGCGCCGAAACUUACUGCUUGCACUUUUAAAGGCAACAAACGAUAGAGAAAGCAAUUCUGAGGGUCAAGGAAGCGGUUCCGCAGCAGGUCAAGGAAUCACAGCAACACUCGUCCCCGUACCAGGCCAAACAAGUGCGCUGUACGUGUUUCAAGUCGCUUAGCUGCUUUGUGUGUACGUGUUUGUAUAUGUUUUAU